CUGCGCUCAACGAGAGAGUUUUAAUUAAAGUGAAAGACGCUCUAGUCGCCGCUUAAAGAAAUCGUGGCUCCCUGUUGAAUGCGAAAUGAAAAAUAAGCACAGUCGGUUUUUAAACGUUACAGCUAACAAACGGUUUCGAGAAGACAGCAAGCAAAAAAAAAAAAAACGAAUAACGAAAAGUGAACAUUGACAUAUUAAAGCAUAAACGGGAAAAUGUUAAUAAAACAUAAAUGUCUAAUUUUGGUCAUGGCGAUUAUGAUAUGUGCACCCACUCCACUGCAGGGGGCGCGCACAAAAAUCACCAGCGUCAAUGAGGAACUAGAACAGUCACUGAAGCAGUCACAAAGCACUUUUGUGGAAUGGGUGCUAUCGCUAGUGCCGCAAAGGCCCAGUUUUGAGACACUAACUGGAUUUCUCAGUCCAACGACUAGCACAGCAAAACCCGUUAGAACGACUCCUGCCACAGAAUUAGUCAGCUCUACCACGGCUUCAACAACAACAAUAUCGUCAUCAGCCUCUCCUUCAACGGCUGCAACAACGACAACUUCAGCCCCUAGCACCACCACAGCAGCACCUUCAACCACUGCAGCGCCCUUGCCUAUACUCAAUCCAGCACGCAAUUGCACCGACUGCGUUUGUGGCAUUGCCAAUACCCAAAAGCGUAUUGUGGGCGGUCAGGAGACUGAGGUACAUCAGUAUCCCUGGAUGACCAUGCUGUUGUAUGGAGGACGUUUCUAUUGUGCCGGCUCCCUGAUCAAUGAUCAGUUCGUGGUAACCGCCUCCCAUUGCGUUUAUGGUUUUCGCAAGGAACGCAUAAGUGUGCGUCUGUUGGAACACGAUCGCAAUGCUGCCAAUUAUCAGAAAAUUGAUCGUAAAGUCACCGAAAUUACAACUCAUCCCAAAUACAAUGCCCGCACCUAUGAUAAUGACAUUGCCAUUAUCAAAUUGGAUGAACCGGUGGAGAUGACAGAGCUGUUGCAUCCAGUUUGCAUGCCCACACCGGGUAAAUCGUUUAAGGGUGAAACGGCCACGGUUACCGGUUGGGGUGCCCUGAAAGUGGGAGGUCUAACAUCGAAUACAUUGCAGGAAGUAAAAGUGCCCAUAAUGUCCCAAGAUGAAUGUCGCCAAACUCGUUAUGGUGCCUCACGUAUCACGGACAAUAUGCUCUGUGCCGGCUAUUCGGAGGGCAUGAAGGACAGCUGUCAAGGGGAUAGUGGAGGGCCAUUGCAUGUAGUGGCACCGGGCACCAGAGAACAUCAAUUGGCCGGUGUUGUGUCCUGGGGCGAGGGAUGUGCCAAGGCUGGCUAUCCUGGUGUUUAUGCGCGUGUCAACCGUUAUGGCACUUGGAUAAAAACGCUUACGAAAAAUGCAUGUCUAUGUCAUUCGGAGGCCAAGAAAAUCAAGAAUGUGUCGGCCGGUCGAAUGGUCAGCCGUGAAUGUGAAAAGCAUAUUAAUGAGCUCGCUCUUGACAACAUCUGCCGACGCAUCAACAUUAAGGCCAUGAACACUGAUGGUACUCCUACUCCGUCGGUUUGCCUAAUAUGGCUGUUGCUAUUGACCAUCUGUACGGUAGCUUUGGGAGCGUCUAAGAGCGUUUGCUCUGAACCUGAGCUAAGGCAAAACAGUUUCUUCGAGUGGUUAGUGUCCAUCUUUCAAAACAUUCCACCUUUUCAAAUCAUCUUCCCGACCACAUUGAAGCCUCCGCCAGCAACAUCUCAAAAUGAGUGUCCCGCCUGCACUUGUGGCACCAUUAACAAGGUCAAGCGCAUAGUAGGUGGCUAUGAGACACAGGUCAAUCAGUAUCCCUGGAUGGCUAUGCUGCUGUUUCGGGAGAGAUUCUAUUGUGGAGGUUCAUUGAUUAGCGAUCGCUAUGUGGUUUCGGCGGCCCAUUGCCUAAAGCCCUUUCCCAGACCUUUUAUAAGCGUACGUUUAUUGGUCCACAAAAUGGGGGACAAAGCGGGGCGUGUAAUCACUAGAGCGGCAGAGAAGGUGGUGGUACAUCCCAAAUAUUCCGUACAGACAAAUGAUCAUGACAUUGGUCUAAUAAGGCUGGAUAAGAAGGUGGAUAUGUCGGAAUUAUUGAGGCCAGUAUGCAUGGCCAUGCCACAAGAGAGUUAUGCAGACCAGGAAGGCAUUGUUACCGGCUGGGGAGCCACAAGCGAGGGUGGUGCCUUGGCCACCAAUCUAAUGGAAGUCAAAGUUCCCAUUCUGUCGCAAGAGGCCUGUCACAAGUCCAAAUACGGCAAAGAACGCAUUACCGAAAACAUGCUGUGCGCCGGCUACGAUGAAGGCGGCCAAGAUGCUUGCCAGGGCGACAGCGGUGGACCCUUGCAUGUGAAAAAUAAAGCUCUUGACAUUUUCCAUUUGGCCGGCAUUGUUUCUUGGGGCGAGGGUUGUGCUAGAAAAGAUUAUCCUGGCAUUUAUACCCGAGUCAGCCAGUAUUUAGAGUGGAUAGAAGAAAAUGCUCCAGAUUCUUGUGUUUGUGAAGUGCCUACAAAACGAAUUGAGCCAUGGGAAAUUUUGUUGGAAAAUUAAAAAAACCGUGAAAAUGUUAAAACUAAGAAUGCUUGAUAUAAUUAUUG